AUGGUAUCCAAUUCUCGGAUCGGAGUACUAGUAGCGGGGUUGAUUGGGGUUGUACAAGGACAGUAUCUGAAUACAACCGCGGCGAUUGUAACUCCAAUAACGCCAGAGGGACAAGGACAUUAUUCAACGUGCGAACCAAAGACUGUGACUAUCACGUCUCCCGGAGGUGGAUAUGGGUCAUGUCCCACACAAACCGUUACAUCAACCCGAGUAUCUGUAUCGACAACUACAUGUUGGGAGACUACAACAAUUGACAAACCAACCACAAUUGUCUCAAUAUCAACAUCUACAGCAUAUCAGAAUCAAACUACUACAAAAACAAUUAUCUCGGAAACUGGAGGUGGUUAUGGGCCUGGGACUACAGUUACAGAGACUGUUACUCUUACCGCGAGCUCUGCCCCAAGUGGUGGAUAUCCAUAUGGAGGGAGUACUAUCACGGAGACUAUCACUCAGAAUCAGACUAUAACUAAAACCGUCGGUGGUUAUCCGACCGCGAACCAAACUAUUACGGAGAAAAUUACUGAGACAGAAUCUUUCACGACAACUGUUCCCGGGAUCAUUUCAGCGAUUACGACCCUGACGGAUGUUAUCACAGUGACCAACAUAUCUACAGCUAGCUUUACCGAGACUGAUCUUGUCACAACAACUAAAAAUUACAAUUUCACUGCUACUCAGGUGGAUCGCACAACUCAAACUAACACCAUCACUGAUGAGGAGACUACAACAAGUUUCAUUUGGCAGACCACCAUAUUGACAGAUGUGAUCACGACGUCGAUCCCAUAUACGACCACUUUGAUUAAUAGUUAUGGAUAUCCAAUUACAAUAACUAAGUAUAGUACCCUGACCACUACUGAAAGAUAUACUUCUAGUUUUACUACGACGACCACUCAGGAUCAUACAACUACAAAAUUAAAGACGGUGACAACAACAUGCACAGAGUUUGUUCCUGUAUUCAUAACUAAAACGAUAAGUGGGUCUCUUACGACGAUCACAUCGUAUUCCGCAACGACUUUCACCUCACUCAUCACGACUGGCACGACGGAUUAUGAGACCGCUACGGUUACAUCAAAAACAACUGAUUACGUACCAACAACAAUAUAUCAGCCUUCGACGUAUACUACUACUCAAGAUGUGACUGUCAUUUCAUCAUAUCCUGUAACUGUUAUUAACAAUUAUACACUAUGGGAAACUACAACGAAAGUCGAUGUAUCAACAUAUGAAACCACCAGCACGGUCACUUCAACGACUUCAAUACCUUUACCCACAACGAUUGAUGUUUAUAUCACCACUACCGUUGAUCAUCUCUUCACAUCUGUCUCCACAUAUACCUUGAACACAAGCUAUCCGAUAACUGUCAUUUCCGACCACUCUACUACUUAUACUCAAUAUACCACCGAGUAUUACACUAGUCGGGAAACAGCUACAUUUUCUACGACGGAAACGGAUACUGAAACGGAUUAUGUGACUACGACCUCAUAUGUACCUACUACGACUGUCUCCACAUCCUUCAUAACUACUAGUAUACCAUAUACUGUUAUAUCGUCAACAACUUUGUACAUUUACAGUACUCAAACUUCCCUGAUCACCCUUACGACUUCCGUACCUACCACCAUCACAGAUGUUUCGACUUCAGUAUCAACUGAUUAUGUGAUUACGACCUCAUAUGUACCUACCACAACCAUCUCUACCUCCUUGAUUACCACAAGUAUACCUUAUACCGUCGUUUCCUCAACAACGCUAUAUAUUUACAGCACUGAGACCUCUUUGUUGACUCUCACAACCUCUGUACCUACCACCGUCACGGAUAUUUCGACUUCAAUCUCAACUUCCGUAUUAAUUUCUGAUGUUUACGUCUAUACGACUAUAAUUGAGACCUACAGCACGACGGACACUUCCUAUAUAACCACUUCUUAUCCAUACACUGUAAGUGAGACGAUUAUAAGCGACAUAACUCACAGCUUCACGGAUUAUAUUACUACGACGAUAAUAGACUUAUCGACUUAUGUCAGCCUUUCGACUCUUACCACGAGUGUCAUCGUUCCAACCACUACUACACAACUUUCUUUGGUCCCAACAACCAUUACGGAUUCAUAUUUUUCCACGGCUACAGUUACGAAGACGACUUCAUAUCCGUUCACUGUGAUAUCCUCAACGACCGAAUACAGAUACAGCACUUACACGACGGUUUCAACGUAUACUAAGACGAGUACAAAAACUACUUCAAUUCCAUACACCACAACGGAGGAAAUCUUGGUACCAACUACUACGACCAAAAUUUCCCUUGUUCCAACUACAAUCGUCUCUUCAUAUUUCUCCACCUCAGUUUUGACAGUUUCCACAUCUUAUCCUUAUACGGUCUAUCAAACUAUCAUUAGUUCAACGACUUACUAUUCUACCUCUUAUAUAAGUACGACUUACACGACAACACAGGAAGUAACUUCUGUAUCAACACUCACUACUUCAGUGCCCACGACAACAACCGAGACUAGUGUGAUUACUAGUAUAACAUCGGUCCCUACUACGACAACCGAAACCAGCGUUUCUACAAGUAUCUCAAUCUCAGAUAUCUACUCAACGUAUAGUACCACCUUGACAGAAUUGACCACGAUCAGCGCUACUUUGACCGAAAUUAAUCUUUCAACGAUAACCGUCUCCACUUCAUAUCCAUACACGGUAUAUACUACAGUUGUCAGCGAUCAUACGACGACCUCAACUCAAUAUGUCCCAACAACAUACACGCAGGUUAUAUCCACGACACAAUAUGUUCCAACAACUUAUACAUCCUUGAUUACGAGAUCUGAGACAGCCACGGCCACAGCAACUGUAACAGAUAGUGAGACAAUAACCGCUAGCUACACAACCACUGAUUUCCAGACUACUACCACAACCGCAAUAUCUACCGCAACGCUCACCUCGAUUGAUGUCAUUACACUUCCUCCCAUUACCCUUACCACUUCAAUUUCUGGGACCCCAAUCACGAUAACAGAGCCCGCAUCAACAAUAUCCGUUACCAAGACGAUCACCUCUGAGCUAUUUAUCACUUCUUUGGUCACCCUUCCUGCAAGUACUGUUACAUCGGACAUCUAUUUUACUACUUCAGUUCCUGGCCCAACAAUUACGACUUCGAUAUCAGGAUCUUUGACUACGAUUACCUUACCUGGUUCCACCUCCGUUUUGACGGUUUCAGGGCCAACCAUAACAUCCAAUAUUUACAUUACCACCUCACUUCCUGCCCAAACUAUCACUACUUCAAUAUCAGGAUCUUUGACCACUGUCACAUUGCCUGGUAGUACCUCCGUUUUGACAGUUUCAGGCCCAACGGUAACAUCCAACGUUUACGUUACCACCUCACUUCCUGCUCAAACCAUCACGACUUCUUUAUCCGGAUCUUUGACUACCAUCACCUUACCUGGUAGCACUUCUGUUUUGACAAUUUCCGGCCCAACAGUCUCAUUAUCCGGAUCUUUGACGACUGUUACUCUCCCUGCAGUAACAUCAAUUCAAACAAUCGCUGGACCUACAUUUACAACAUCGAUAUCAGGAUCCCUGACAACUAUAACCCAGCCAGGUAGUACAUCAACUAUAAUCCUUCCGGGAUCAACUAUAACCUUGCCUGGAUCAACAAUUCCUGGUCAGACUAUAACUUUACCAGCCUCAACAGUUACUCUGCCAGGAUCGGUUACCACUCUCCCGGGACUGACUACUACCAUUCAAGGGUCAACCUUCACGGCUCCAGGGCAGACAAUCACUUUGCCUGGGUCGGUAACUACCCUCCCUGGAUCUGUAACAACUCUUUCCGGCUCAACCAUAACCUUGCCCGGAUCGACAAUUCCUGGCCAGACCAUCACUCUACCAGGCUCAACAGUCACCUUGCCAGGAUCGGUUACAACACUCCCAGGACAAACUACUACCGUUCAAGGAUCGACUUUUACAGCCCCAGGACAAACAAUAACCCUACCAGGAUCAGUAACUAUCCUCCCUGGGUCGGUAACUACUCUCACUGGGUCUGUAAGUCUUCUUCCUGGGUCUACCAUAACCUUGCCGGGAUCAGUAACCACACUUCCCGGGCAAACUACUACCAUCCAAGGAUCUACUUUCACAGCCCCAGAUCAAACAGUCACCUUACCAGGAUCGGUAACAACCCUUCCUGGUUCAGUCUCAAUCUCAACUGUGACGCAAUCCAUUGCCGGCUCAACAGUGACCCUCACUCAAGCAGGAUCAACCGUGAUAUCAACUCUUCCAGGUUCCGUCAGUAUCUAUCCAACGACCAUAAGUCUCGGCGCAACUUUGACAGGAUCAACAGCAUAUGUAACUGGGCCCGGAUCCACCGUAACCGUAACUGAAUUGAUAACCUGUCCUUCGCCUACAAAUUCUGGUUCAGUAAUUCCUCAAGACUCCAGCUCAUCAGCAGUCUUUGGAUGCUCACCAGGAUACGUUUGCAACCCACCCAAGCCAGAUCAUUGUGCUUUAUGGGCUGAUCCACCCGCUGCAGACUAUCUUUGUGAAGCCAAAUACUGUAUUCCAUCUCCUAACACAACCGAAGUAUACUGGGCACAAAACCAAACUGGGUACUACCCACCAUCAGCCGGAUACUUCAAUCUCAACCCUAAUGCAUUUGGUCUUAGCUUUGGCAUUUUCAUUGAGAAAGUCGUUACCGAAGUCAUCAUUGGUAACGAAGGAACAGAACUUGUCAAGACUUACACUACCGGCGACUGGACAUCCCAAACAGAUAUUUCUCACUACCCAGCGGGAACCCGAACCGGACUUUCUACCUCCGCACUUGCCACACCUUCCGCUCCCGCCCGUCGCGGACUUCUUCCCCGACUGUUUGCAGGAAAGCGCAAAUCAGACACCGCACAUCUCCUCAUCAAACGGGAUUCUACUGUUGUUCCUGCAGUUUGCUACUCCACGUGUAACAAUGGCUACGUUGAAGCACUCAAAGUGGGCAAAUCUCCCGCUCUCUGCGAUCCUGACUCUGCAUUCGAAUCCGAUUAUGACGCUUGUACAGGAUGUAUUGAUGCAAAUAACAACACUGUGAAAGAAACACUGCAAACAUACAUACAGCCACAAUUUCAACAGUUCUUGGAUUUCUGCAGUGCGCAGGCACCACAGAGUGAGAUUGCGGGUAGUACGGAGACUCAGGUCGUGACCAAGACCGCAACCGUCUUACCGGUUGAGGCGAGCAGCAGUACAGUCAAGCCAGCUGCCACUACUAGUGGUUCGAGUACUGCCUCGAGCUCUAGUGCUAUUGCGAGCCCAACUGCAAGUGCUACCCCGAGUGUUAGUAUUACGAGCCAAAUUGCACCGGUUGAUACGUCUUCUGCUUCCCCAACAAUAAUUUCCACCGAUGGCAAUCCAUCUGGAUCUUCUUCAGCGGUCGUUAGCGUCCCGACAGCUUCUGGAAGUGGAAGUGGAAGUAAUAGCGAAAGUGGGACAGGAACUAGGACCGGAACCGGAAGUACAUCACCAUCCAUAACAGCCUCGACUGUCCCCAGUGGAAGCACCACAGGCUCGAGUUCAGGCUCAGGCUCCAGUGCCACAUCAAAUUCGGGAUCUGGCUCGGGAUCUGGCUCGGGAUCGAGCUCGACAUCCAGCUCUGAAUCAUCCCUUCAAUCCCAAACCUCAACCCCAACUCCUACAACGAAUUCGCAAACUAGUUCUUCAUCCACCAGCUCUGGAUCUGCCAGUCCUUCAGGUACUGGACCUGCUGAAGGUGCUGGAGCCAAAUUGAAGCCUUCAAUAUUCUUUACAUUGAUGGUGACGUUACUUGUGGGACUCAUGGGCUAG